UACAACACCGUCCCAUCUCUCCGGUGCAGCGUACACGGACCGCAAUGGCUACUCCGCAACCGCAAGCGACGCCGUGACAGCGCUACGUGUCGCCCGACCCGACGCUGCGACGCGACAGGGGCGGCAGCUCCGUCGGAUACCGAAGCCUUGGUGUGUCCUGCCGCCCAAGCAGCCUCUUUCCGGUGCUUCGUGCGGCCUCCGCUCGCCGGGCUCCAUAAGUAGCCGGCGAGGCACGCAUCAGCGACAUAUCGAUCACCAGCGAGAGGCAUCAAAGGACACACAGUGCGACAGCUAGCGAACGGUAGGAGAGAAGUGAGGAUGGAAGGGUACCUGUUGGGGAGGACCAAGAGGAGGGAUCACCUGCUGCUCAUGGACGGCGCCGGCGCAGUGCAGUCGCCGCAGACGCCGGUGGAGCCCAUGGAGUUCCUGUCGCGGUCGUGGAGCGUCUCCGCGUCGGACCUAUCCAAGGUGCUGGCGGUCGGCGGCGGGAGGCGGAGCUCCAACUUCGUCGUCGAUCGCCUCUCCGGGAUGCUCAUGCCGGAGACGCUCGCGCUCGCCGCCGCUUCCGGCACCGGCAGCCCCAAAAAGCGUACUUGCAGGAGCAGGAGCGCGAUCUCCGCGCACCACCACACGAUCGGCAGGUGGUUCCACCACAAGGACGGGGGCAGCAGGGUCGACAAGGCCCGUGCCGAGCGGGCGCGCGUCCAUGCGGCGGUCUCCGUGGCCAGCGUGGCUGCCGCGGUCGCUGCCCUCGCGGCGGGAGCCGCGAACCCGGAGGACGGAGAGGACGCUAAGAUGGACGCCGCGCUGGCAUCCGCCACGCAACUUCUGGCCUCGCACUGCAUCGAGUUUGCCGAGCUCGCCGGGGCAGACCACGACCAGGUGGCCUCCGCCGUCGAGGGCGCCGUCGACGUCCGGAGCCCCGGCGAUCUCCUGACCCUCACCGCCGCCGCUGCAACAGCUCUACGAGGAGCCACGGCGCUGAGGCUGAGAGAGCAGCGGGAGGCGAGGAGCAAAGCGGCGGUGGCGCCCUCCGAGAAGGCCGGCAGCUGCGGCGCGGACAUAUGGUGCAAGGAAGGGACGCUCCUCAAGCGCAGCCGGAAAGGCGGCGCUCUGCGCUGGAAGCGAGUGUCCGUGUACAUCAACAAGAGGUCGCAGGUGAUCGUGAAGCUCAAGAGCAAGCACAUCGGCGGCGCCUUCUCCAAGAAGAAGAGGAGCGUCGUGUACGGCGUGCACGGCGACAUGCCGGCGUGGCCGCCGGGGCACAAGCCCUGCGGCAUGCCGGACUCUGCGACAGCGGCGCCGGAGAACCGCCACUUCGGGUUGAGGACGGCGCAGGGCCUGGUCGAGUUCGAGUGCGAGAGCAGGAUGCACAAGCAGGAGUGGGUGGAGUCGGUGAAGAACCUGCUCCGGCAGGCGGCCGGCGGCACUGCUCAGCUCGAGCACUCGUUCGAGUCGCUCAGGCUUAGCGCGUCGUAAGUCUGAAGGCUGUUUCUAUGCUUGUCUUGCCUGCAGCUGCUCCUCGGCAGCCCGUUUGUUUUAGCACAGGGAGCGACCGAGGUGUCAGUCCACGUGGAAGAAUAAAAUGUGCAGACUUGUACGAGUUCCAUGUGUAAAUAUAAGGUGCAACAAUAAUCGGUACAUAGAUCGCCGUGGUAAGAUGUUUUGUUAACAGUACCAUGCAGAUGCUGAUGUACAAAAAGUUGC